GGCAGAAGGACAUAUUCGAAAUCCGGAUUGGGAAGACGAUGAUUCUCUAAAGAAAGAUUUGACCGCCUUCGUAAGACAAAAUUUGAAACAAAAAGAAAUAUUAAGUUUGGUUGUACGUAAAUAUCCGAUGUAUGCAUGGAGCCUUCGAACUUUAUCUCGUCGUCUAAGUUUUUUCGAGAUAAAGUAUUCAGAUUACGAUGUGGACGUAAAUGAGCUGAAAGAAGUUGUGAAAACAGAAAUGGAAGGUCCAGGAAACUUACUUGGAUACCGAGCUCUUCAGCAAAAAAUAAGAGAAGUUCAUGGUUUGAAUGUGCCAAGAGAUUUAGUAUAUGCGAUGAUGAUGGAAGUAAACCCUGAAGGUUUAAAGGAAAGGGGUGGUGUGGGAAAACCGAAAAGAGCUCGAAGAGAUAAAGUAUUUACUUCUCAUGGAUCAGAUUGGACCAUGUCACUAGACGGGCAUGAUAAGCUGUGCGGUUACCAGAACUCAAUGUUCCCUCUUUCAAUUUAUGGUGGUCAGGAUACCUAUAGUGGAAGGAUAAACUUCCUGAAGAUAUGGACAACAAAUAGUAAUCCUAAAGUAAUAGGAAAAUUUUAUUUGGAAUAUCUAUUUGAAAGCAAAGUAUUGCCUGUCCACCUACGAAUUGACAGAGGAACAGAAACUGAUGUAAUGGCUACUAUGCAAAUGUUUUUAUGUGAUAAGUACAAUGUCCUGGAAGACCCCAAUGACAGUGUUUUAUAUGGGCCUUCCACUCAAAACAAAAUAGAACGUUGGUGGCGUGAACUUUUAGAGAGACUUGAGAGGUUUUUUAAACAACAACUAAAGAAUCUUGCUGAAGAUGGAGAUUAUGACUCUACUAGUAUGACAGAUAGAAACUUAUUGGCCUAUGUUUAUAUUCCUGUUGUUCAAAAAGAACUGGAUAUUUUUAGAACCACCAUUUGGAAUAAUCAUAGGGUACGCAGGCAGAAGAACAAAGAGCUUCCCACAGGUGUACCAGAGCAUAUGUACCAUUGCCCAGAAGAGCAUGGGGGCGAAAAAUGUGGCAUUUCUAUAACAGAGGAAGAUCUACUUGAAGUAGCACAACUGUCAGAUGUAUUGAUAGACACAGAUGAUUUUUUGGAGGAAAAUUUCCGCAAUGAAUGCAUGAGACACAUUCCAAACACUGACGAAAUCAAGCCAGCAGAUGCUGCAAAUGCUUAUUUGUUUCUGAGGUCAAAUUUUAAUAAGGAUUGUCUUUAGACUCUUUGGUCUUAGGGAAUACAUGUAUUUAAUAUUUUAUCCCACACCAUAGAAAAUACAGCCAAUCAGAAAGCAAGAAAACCAUUGUAUAUUUGGCGGUAUUGAACUGUCUCUUCCCAUCAAGCAUUGCCGUUAUCGGCUGUAUUUUCUAUGAUGUGGGAUAAAAUAGUUAUACAAUGGUUUCUCGUGGCAUACCAUGGAUAUCCCACUCAUCACUUGUGUUUUCUUUGUAUACAAACUCGCCUAAAGGCUCGUGUUUAAUAUAAAAUACAAGUGACUCAUGGGAUAUUCCACAGUAUUCUGCUCGAAACUGUUGUAUAACUAGUAUAUAAAACAAAAAAAUCAACAAAUUUCAGUUGAGGCUGCAGUAAAAUAUGCCUUACAUGGUAAUGCAACCAAACAAGCCUCAGCUUCGUACGUUUUUUAUUCAUCUUUCUUAAAGUGAUUAAUUAAAGCUCCAAAAGUUUAAUGCCUUGAAAGGGCAUUGGUUGGUAUUUCUAGCAAAAACCUACAGGCGUGAACAUUGAUUGCAAGGAAAGGGUAGAGAGAAUAUACCCUUCAAUGCGGGAAAUGAGUGUUAGCAGAGCAGCUCUCCCAAAAUUGGGACUGAAGGGUCAUCACUCCCUAACAGCAAUCUGGAUCAAUCCCUGUUAAUAAAUCCUACAAGCUUUUUCUCCAAACUUGAGAUUUUCAUGAAAACGUAUAGUUGGACAUUUUAACAUUAUUUUUUUGAAAAUUAUUUAUUUUUAUAUAACAUUUGCUUUAUUGCCAGAUCCAUAAAAGCCUAGAACAUUACAAUUAUGUCAUCUAUCACAUUAUUACUGGGUGAUCAAUAUCAAUUGUUUCUAAGGAUCCUGGUAACUUUAACAACUCAAACAUAAACAAGUAAAAGAGUGAUUUUCCUUGGCCAUGAAAGAUUAGCCAAACUAAUAGUAUAGUUCUGUAGUAGUCCUCAAGCUCAUUAUUUUCUCUUGUGCAGUAUUGACGAGCACUAAUCAGUCGUUUUUUUUCAUGGUCCACAGAAAACCACUCUGACUAAUAACAAUAACAACAAUACACAAAAUAGUGGUUUUGGGUGACUGCCAUACAAUAAUUGGUAAUAAUAAACUACUUCAAACCUACAGGUACGCCCUAUGGUUUGAACCUUCAUUUAAA